AUGCUUUUUUACGGUCUCUCAACAGGAAAGCCUUCAGAGAAGAAUAUUUAUGCAGAUAUUCGUGCUGUGUAUGAGUUCGUUAACGGGUCAAGGAGUGAUAAAAAGAUAGUGCUGAUUGGGUAUAGCCUUGGUACAGCUGCUGUUUCGCAUCUGGCCGCCAGCACUCCGAACGGGGUUGUUGGAGUGGUGCUCGUUGCUCCUUUCACUAGUGGCCUUCGUCUGUACAGUGCAAAUCCUGGGAAAGAGAGCACCAGCCGGCUCGACAGAUUUACCACAAUUGAAAAGGUUCCGCGAAUCACGGUGCCACUUUUGGUAUGCCACGGUUCUCGUGAUGAUGCUAUUGGUGUUGAGCAUGGUCUGGAAAUAGCAAAACGAGCUUCUCGUUGUGUGCCACCUCUGAUCUUACCCGAUGCUAACCAUCUAACAAUAUUCAGCGGGAGAUACCCGGAAACAUUCAAAAGAAUACGACAGUAA